CCCGCCUCCCCUAGUUCUUUUUCAGUUAUUUGUCCGCUCUGGCCGUUCCCCUUUCCUCCUUUCACCGGGGCUUGGUGUGAGCUCACACCUGGUCGGGAGCCCUAGUCCCAUCCGGGAGUCGCCUCCCCCUGACCCCCGGGCUGGGAAUGGGCAACGUGCAGUCGGAGCCGCCCCCCGGCUCAGAGCCCGGCAAGGCCCGUGCCUCGCGGAAGGAGCCGGCCUCGGACCGCCCUACCAACGCCAGCCGCCGUGGUCCCCUGGCCGAGGCAGAGUCGUCGCCAGCGCCCUCAGCCCCAGGGCCCCCUACGCUACGCUUAGCCCGCGGCCCAGGAGUCUGGUUCCCCGGGGGUCCCACCCCACCAGGGCUCUUGGUGCCCCCUGAGGGUGCCUCCGGGGCCCUACCCUCACCGGCUCAGCCUGCCCCGCUGGCCCCCGCUCCGCUCGACCUGCAGCCGCCCGCCGAACCCCCGCCCGAGGAGGCUCCUCCGACGGCGGCGGGAACUGCAGGGCCGCUACUCCCUACGCCCCCUAAGUGGCGAAAGCCGCCGGGGACGCCGGUACCCCGAAUCCGGGGCCUGCUGGAAGCACGCCACCGAGGCCAGGGCGACCCACCGGGCCUUCGCCUGCUGCCCCCGCCUCCACCCCCGCCCCCACCCCUACCCAUUCCACGGCCCCCAGCGGACGGGCCGGAGCCUUCCGUGGGCCCGGCCUUACCGCCCCCACCCCCGCCCCCAGAACCUCAGAAACCGCCUCCCGAACGGGAGACACCCCCAGGCCGGAGAAGCGCCCCUCCCGGGGGCUCUCCCCGUGGCGGCGCGGGCGAAGGCAGGACGCGCCAGACUGGCAGCCCUGGGAGUGAAGGUCUAGUGGCCGGAGGCGGCGAGGGAGAGCCCCCACCCGCGGCUGAGCCGGGACUUAGUCUGCUGUGCAAAGUGACCUUCCAGUCCGGCUCCCUUCUGGCCGGCGGGGUCGCCGCCCCUCCCAAGCCCUCGGCUCGCGGGGGCGGCCUGCUUUUCUCCUCGGGAGCCAUCUCCUAUGCCGAGGCUCUAAAGCAGGGCUCUCCGGGGCCUGGGUCCCCUAGGGCCCCAGGAGAAGCUAUUCGGGCUACCUUGGAGACAGAGGGUGGGGAGGGAGACGGAGAGGGGCCAGCCGGAGGCCCUUCGGCUGUGCCCCCGGCCCCACCUCCUCCGCCAGUACCUCGGGCACCACCCCCACCUUACGCCCCCUUCCCAGGAGCCAAGCCCAAGUUUGAUUGGGUGACCCCGCCAGAGGGCCCUGAACGCCACUUUCAGUUCAACGGGGCGAGCGGGGGUAGCGGCAGCGGCGUUGGGGGAGCUAGACGGCGGGGGUCCGGGCUGUCAGGGGCGGCUGCCCCUUGGGGGGCACCGCCUCCACCUCCGCCACCUCUACCUGCGCCGGGGCUUCGCAGGCCGGGUCCAGCGCUCCUGGCACCUCCUGUUUUCAUCUUCCCAUCUCCCGCCCCGGCUGACGGGGAGACCCAGGCACCUGCAGUCCAGGUUUCCCCAGGGCCGCAAGAAGCCCCCCAGCUGUCGCCGCCGCCUCCUCCGCUCCCACCGCCUCCACCUCCGCCUCCGGCUCCCCCGGCGUCAGCUUUGCCUGAAACACCUCCCACCCCGGUACCCGCGCCGACCCCGGCCGUGCCAUCUCCCCGGGCUACGGGACCUCCGUCCCCGGCCCCUGCCAAACCUCGGACCAAGAAGAACAAGGGUCCGCGGGCUGGGCGGGGCGGCACCGCGCGGGAGGAGGGCGCGAGUGGCGAGGGUCCCCGAGACCGGGCGGCGCCAGGCCAGGGCCAGGCCAACGAGAGUGGCGGCCGGCCCCCAGCUCGCCACUGGCCACCCUUUCAGGUGCUCAGUUCCUGCCCCUGCAAGUGCUACUGUCGUCACCAGCCCCGGCACCGCCGUCUGCCCCGCAACGUCUCGGCCUGGCUGAGCACCCCCACCAACCACCUGAGCGAACCCCCCUGGGUGGCCACAGUCAAGCUGGCUGGCUCCUUAGUGGCAGGGCUGGACCACUAUGACCUGCAAGCAGCUGAGGCCGACUAAGGAUGGGGACA